AGUCCGCGCUAUCCCCGCGGCGUGUUUGUGUCGCCUUCCUUCUGCCCUGCCCCUUUCGGCUCACCGAGCCCAAAACAAGACAGUCAGGAGUAGCCGCCUAGACACUCGGUUCUCGACCGCGGGCGAGUGCGCGCCGAGGACGACGGAGUUCCCUCACUUCUCCUCCCGCCCCCUCAGAGAUCCGGGCCAAUCACCGGAGGCGUCUCAACUGCGCAGCCGCAAGGACGCCUGAGCCGGCAAGGCUGGCUGCGACUCAAGUGCCUCGUAGCACGGAAGCGUGUGUGCGCCCGUCUUUCAGUACUUCAGUUGUAGGAUCUGCGCAGUCGCACCAGGGCCCCGCCCACCUGUCAAUACACUUACUUCCUGCUCGCUCUCAGUUGCCGAGACGCUGUAGAUCUUACUUGCUUAUUCUUUCACUGCAUCUUCUUAGAGGAAUAAAGGAAGACAAGCCGGAGGGUUGGAUGGUGCAAAGCAGCUGUUUUCGUAGCUCGUAGGCAAAGGGCUUUUCGGUACCGAGGAAGAGCGAGCAAUGCCCGGCCUCUUUUACUGUGCUUAAACUUCUACCCAGCAACAGAAGCGCCAACCCCGCCCUUCGCCUCCCUUAUUGGUCAUCUUGAAUCGUCGUCUGUUGGUCUGAUUGGUCAUCCGAUAUCGUGCGGCUUUUUUUCCUAUUGGAGAAGUGGCCGGGAAUUUUUUUUUUCCGGGGUUGGUCCGCUGGGGAGGCGGGGUCGUUUCUGCGGGAUUACUUUUCUGGACUUGUUUCUGAUUGGGUGGUGUGACGCAAUGCGCGCGCCCCAUUAGAUGCUAAACUGCUAGCAGGCCGGGUCUUUUCCUGUCGGUGCUCCGUCCCUUAAACUAACAACCUGGAGGAGACUUCCGGGCUCGGGCCACUGCAGGCGUGCAGUUGUUGGGCUUGCCAGUGCGUACAGCCUCUUCUGCCUCCCCUGUGGACUGGAGGCUCAGGCUUCAUUCACUUCGGUCCCCCGGUUAACAGCAGAGACAUCGACAAAUGCUUGUUGAAUAAGGACAAAUAAAAAGCUUGGGAAGGAAGCCUUUCUGACUUGUUUCAGUUGUUCCCGCCUACUCCAUCUUCUUCCAGGUCAGGGGGUGUGUGUGCCUCGGAGAAAGAAGGAAACGAAUUUUGCGGGCAGUCACACACUUCGGAUGUUUGUUUAGUUGGGCCUUUGAAUCUUCCUAGAGUCUAUACUGGACGCCAGGAUCUCUUCUUUUGGAAGUCAUUUGGUCUGUGACUUCACUACCUCCACAUUAUUCCUUUUUUUUUGUGCGGAACUUUGGGAAACUGAAAACAGGAGGAUCGAUAAGACUGUAGUAAAAACAUCAAAGCUCAAAUCCUCUUGAAGGAGAGUAAUUUUUUGCUUACAAACUAGAUUUCCCAAACCAACAAUUUUGAUCCCAACUCCACAGCCUCAGUUGACCUUUCAUUUAGCAAUUCUAACAGUCAUGGAGAAGCGUCUGCAGGAGGCUCAGCUAUUCAAGGAGGAAGGGAACCAGCGCUACCGGGAAGGGAAGUACCGAGAUGCUGUGAGUAGGUAUCACCGAGCUCUUCUUCAGCUGCGGGGUCUGGAUCCAAGUCUGCCUUCCCCGAUACCCAAUCUAGGCCCUGAGGGCCCAGCUCUCACGCCGGAGCAAGAAAACAUACUGCACACCACUCAGACAGACUGCUACAACAACCUAGCUGCCUGUCUCCUCCAGAUGGAGCCAGUGAACUACGAACGAGUGAGGGAAUACAGUCAGAAAGUCCUAGAACGACAACCUGAAAACGCCAAGGCCUUAUAUCGGGCUGGAGUAGCCUUCUUCCAUCUGCAGGACUAUGACCAGGCUCGGCACUACCUGCUGGCUGCUGUCAACAGGCAACCUAAAGAUGCCAAUGUCCGGCGGUACCUCCAGUUGACACAGUCAGAACUCAGCAGCUACCAUAGGAAAGAGAAGCAGCUGUAUCUGGGCAUGUUUGGUUAAUGAAGUAAAAGGAUGCUUCUCAACUUGAAAUCAAGUGGACCACUAAAGACCCAUCAAGAGAAACCUGAGCCUCAGCAAGAGAAAUUCACCCUUUACCUCUGACCCAGGUGGAUUUCUAUUGUUCCUGUUCUGCACAAGCCCUUUGCGACUUAGACUAUCUGCAUCCUUUAUUGUCUAUCCCCCAGUAUAUUUGUAUGGCUUGCAAUCCAUAUUAUUUGCCUUUAGAAACAGACCAGAAAGCAUUCGUCCACUAUGGGUGGCAUCAACUGUAUUUGUGGUGUACAUUUAAUGAGAUGUUAUUGGAGGUGUUGAGACACAGAGGAGAGGGCCAGUGAAGGGUCAAGUAGAAGGACAGGCAGAAAGGAAUCUUUUGCUGUUUCCUCAGAUGCCUUUGUUUUCCCUCAUGGGAAAUAUUGUGUGUGUGUGAAACUAGAUGAAUAUAAAUUGAGCCCAAGUAUAUUUAAGGAUUUGAAAUGAAUUGUUUUGGGGCUGAGGAUGUAGCUCAGUGGUAGACUGCUUACCUACCAUGUACAAGGCCCUGGGUUUGAUUCCCCAGUGCUGCAGAAAUAAUGAACUAAACAACAACAAAAUCAAACUGUUAUUUAAAUUAAUCUCCUUUUUGCUUGGUUGUUUGGUUGGUUGGUUUUGGUUUUCUUCAAGACAGGGCUUCUCUGCCUAGCCUUGGCUGUCCUGGAACUGUCUCUGUAGAAUAGACUGAACUCAAACUCAGGGAAAUCUGUCUCCUGAGUGCUGGGAUUAAAGGUGUGCACCACCACUACCCAGCUCUUUCCUUUUUUUUUUUUUUCUCUCUCCUGGCAAUUUCUAGUCCUUGAUAUUGCUUAUACUCAGAUCAUUAACAUAGUAUAACUUAUUUGUCUUUAUUCUGUUUUAAAACUUAAGUAAAAGCUUAGAAUACAUGAAAUCCUGUUGUUUUUUUUUUAAAAAAAUCUGGAGUCAAGCACUUAAGUAGUUAAAAGUAUUUAAAAACUCUCUGUCCUUGUGCUAGUGGGCUUUUUAUGGUGUGUAUGUAUGUGUGGUACAGGAUUUGAACCUGUCUUAUACAUGCUCGACAAGCACCCUAUCAUUCAGCUACAUAGUCAGCCCCAAAGUGGUUUUUGUUUGUUUUUGUAUUUUGGACAAGGUUUGUGUAGCCCUGGCUGUCCAUGUUUUAAUUUUUAAUAGAUGCAUUUCUAAAAUGUGUUCAUUUUUCUGAAAGACAUUACAAUAUCUUCUUGAAAGAGUAUCACAAUAAAGCAUGACAGAACCCAA